AUGAGCUGGGCUGGGGGAGUCCUAUGGACGAGCAGGAGACUACGCCCUGUAGGAGCGAAUGUCUUUUGCCUAGGGAUGGCUCUGUGUCCCUGCCAGGUGGUAUGCACCCCUCUCAGGGACAGUUGGUCCUUUAUCCCUGUCUCCAAGAUGGCAACUAUCAGGUGCGAACUUAUUAAGAAUUUCACUUCAGAGGAGACCAUUUAUCACAAUAAGAUCUCUGUUAUAGGAAUUGGAUCAGUUGGCAUGGCAUGUGCUAUCAGCAUCUUAUUAAAAGGCUUGAGUGAUGAACUUGCUUUUGUGGAUGUUGAUGAAGGCAAACUGAAGGGUGAGACAGUGGAUCUUCAACAUGGCAGCUCUUUCAUGAAAAUGCCAAAUAUUGUUUCCAGCAAAGAUUACCAUGUCACUGCAAACUCCAACCUAGUGAUUAUCACAGCAGAUGCACACCCAAGAAAAGGAGAAAAACGCCUUGAUGUAGUCAAGAGAAAUGUGUCCAUCAUUAAAUUAAUGAUUUCCAACAUUACCCGGUAUGGUCCCCAGUGCAAAAUGGUAGUUGUUUCUAAUCCAGUGGAUAUUUAUGUAGCUUGGAAGUUGAAUGCAUUUCCCCAUAACCAUGUUACUGGAAGUGGCUGUAAUCUGGACACUGCCUGUUUCCGUUUCUUUAUUGGGCAAAGACUUGGUAUCCACUCAGAAAGCUGUCAUGCAUGGAUCCUUGGAGAACAUGGAGACUCAAGUGUACCUGUGUGGAGUGGAGUUAACAUUGCUAGUAUCCCCUUGAAGGAUCUGAAUUCAGAUAUAGGAACGGAUAAAGAUCCUGAGCACUGGGAAAAUGUCCACAAAGAGGUGAUAACCUCUGGCUAUGAGAUGGUUAAAAUGAAAGGUUAUACAAAUUGCGCUGUUGGUCUAUCUGUAGCUGAUUUAACAGAAAGCAUUUUGAAGAAUCUUAGGAGAGUGCAUCCAGUUUCCACCAUAACGAAGGGCCUUGGAAUAAAUGAAGAAGUAUUCCUUAGUGUUCCUUGUAUCUUGGGAGAGGAUGGUAUUGCAAACCGUAUUAAGAUAAAGCUGACCCUUGAAGAGGAGAUCCAUUUGAGAAGGAGUGCAGAAAAACUUUGGAAAAGUCACAAAGAGAUCAAGCUUUAAAGUUUGAUCCUGUAAUAAAAGGAGAGAUAGUAGUUGCAGGAUUGUAUAUCAAACUUUUGAAUAAACUUGAAUCCGUGUGUGUGUAGUUGCUCUUUGGUCUAAAAGGAUGUAUGAUGUAUGUGUUUAAUGUGUUAUAGAGAUUCUGGUUCUUUUCAUCCAACAUAAUGCUAAUUCUUUCAUUCUGGCUGGCUUAUAUAUAUGUUCAUUUAUAUGCUGCUUAGAAAAAAGUUAUAACUUCCUCUACGAAUGUAAAAGUAAAAGUUUAUACAAACAACUCGAAAUGUUAGUUCUAGUCCUAACUCCAAAUGAAACCUUGAUUUGACCUUAAAUAAGAUUUUAAUAUUCCAAGGUAUAACUUACUCUGAAAACUGUUAAUUAUCUUUAUUAAAGAUUUUAAUGAAAAUUGCCGUAUAUUGUAGAAUCCUUCCUGUGUUUUCAAGCAUAUUUUGAGCACUUAGAAAGUUAAUACAAAGAACAGAGUAUGGAUAUUUAUUUAACUUGCUUUGAUUUUCUUUAACUUUGUUUUCUUAA